GUCCGCUUGGAUUCGUGGUUGAUCAUUGAUGCCGUCUGCAAGCAGCAAAAGCCAAAGGGCUCCAAGCUAAUAGGGCAAAGAAGAAGCAAAAGAAGAAGAGGGAAGAAAGAGCCCACCACUGCAGCUAAGUAUGGCAAAGAAGACUUCAAAAUCCAAGAAACGUAGCUCUUCUUCAGCUUCCUCUGCCUCUUCUGACGCCAUCAGAAAAACAUCUGAGAGCAGUGAUAAAGAGAUGAGACCGAAGCCAGCAAUGAAGCCGAAGAGGAGGUCGAAGAAGAAAAGUGUGAAAAUUGAUGCUAAAAGGCCUAAGAAGCCCCCGACUGCUUUCUUCUUCUUCCUGGAGGAUUUUCGAAAGGAUUUUCAAGAGCAGAACCCAGAUGUCAAGUCAAUGCGUGAUGUCGGGAAGGCAUGUGGUGAGAAGUGGAAAACAAUGAAUUACGAGGAAAAGGUUAAAUACUAUGAUAUUGCCACAGAGAAGAGAGCUGAGUUUGAUAAAGUCAUGGCGGAAUAUAUUAAGAAAUUGGAAAAUGGUGAAAAUGAAGACACUGACGAUGACUCUGAGUUCGAUGAGUAGGUUCUAGGAUUGUUGCAUUAGGUAAUCAUUGUUUCAGUAGUAGGAGUUGCAUCAGGGUUAAAAUUGUAUAUCAACUUAUGAGCCACUUUGGUUUUCUCUUUUUCUUGAAUGUGUUUGUCUGUGUCAUCCUUGUGUAAUUGUGUAUAUUACUACUUGGCAAUUGCAUCUAGGUGAUUGCAGAGUAGAUUUGAUGAUUAACAUGAAUUAAAAUUAAGUGAAUGAGAAAAUAUAGUAUCUUUU